AGUCACGUCUUAAGCCUCAUCACAAAGGCCAGGUGGUUCCCCCUAACAAGGAAGUGUCAAGAUCGUUGUGGGAACACCGGCCUAAAAUGCUCUCACGUGCCUUGACUAUCCGUCACAAACAGUUGCAAAUGAAUUUAAUUUGUUGCAUCUACUGCACCGCACGCAGAUUCAGGCUGGCAUCAUGGUUCAGUCACCCACCCUCAGAGCCGAUCCAGCCAUUGCUUACCCAGAAAUGGCUCGCUGGACAAGAACCCAGGCAAGUUUCCUGCACGCCUUCUUUCUUCUGCUACCCUGCGCAUCCACAUCCAGUGCGAUCGAGCAAGAAGCAGGCUCACUUCUCCGGUGGAAGUCCACCUUGUCGCCGGCCAAUGGCGGCGGUGAUUAUCCGUCAUCCCCUCUGCUCUCAUGGUCUCCUGGCAGGCCCACAUGUUCCUGGCAUGGCAUCCUUUGCGAUGCAGCUGGCUGUGUUACCGAGCUCAGCCUUCCCGGCGUUGGCAUCCAUGGCACGCUCACCGCGUUGAACUUCGCCGCAUUACCGGCUCUCACCAAGCUUGACCUCCGCAGGAACAACAUCAGUGGGCACAUCCCCAUCCCCGCAAACGUCACCGGCUUGGCAUACCUUGACCUGUCACAUAACAGCUUGUCCGGGGUGAUACCAGACACCCUGGCAAGGGCGACGCCAAGGAUGAAGCACCUCAACCUGUCAUCCAAUGGAUUGCAUGGGCCAAUACCACGGUCAAUCUCCGGUAUGCAAGAGAUGCGCGCAUUCGACGUGUCAAAAAACAAGCUCACUGGGAAAAUUCCCCCAGAGUUGUUCAUGGAAUGGCCAGAGAUCACAGAAUUUCACGUGCAGAGCAAUUUCCUGAUGGGUGGCAUCCCUCCAGAUAUCAGCAAUGCAACCAAGCUACAGUCCUUGCUUCUCUACCGCAACAGCUUAUCCGGCCAAAUCCCAGUGGAGAUCGGGAAACUGAAAAACUUGCAAUUUCUGAUCUUGGCAUGGAAUUCCCUGACCGGACCGAUUCCGCAUACGGUCGGGAACCUGUCAAGACUUGUGCUUUUGGGUCUAUUCGUUAACAACCUUUCAGGGAGAAUACCACCAGAAAUCUCCAAUUUGGCAGCACUGGAAGCCCUUGACCUUGAUACCAACCAGCUGGAGGGUGAGGUGCCGGAAGCCAUGUCCUCUCUCCAAAGUCUCCAAUACCUGGAUCUUAGUAGCAACAGGUUGUCUGGAAUGGUACCAUACCUCAGCAUCAGUAAAUUGCAUGCCAUAUCCUUGGAAAACAAUAGAUUCACAGGGGAAUUUCCUCUGGCAUUUUGUCAGCAAGCUUCUUUGGAAAUCCUGGACCUAUCAAACAACCAGCUGUAUGGAGAACUUCCUCCCUGCCUGUGGAGCUUGCAGAAGAUACAGUUCAUUGAUUUGUCGAGCAAUGCCUUCUCUGGGAAUAUCCAAACCUCAGCAAAAUCCAGUUUGUUUCUAGAAUCAGUACAUCUGGCGAAUAACAAUCUCAUGGGAGAAUUUGCACUUGUCCUCAAGAGAUGCAGAAGGCUAACUAUUCUGGAUCUUGGUGAGAACAAUUUUUCUGGCACAAUUCCUUCAUGGAUAGGAGCGAGCAAUCCCUUGCUAAGGGUGCUCCGGUUGCGAUCAAAUAUGCUCCAUGGGAAUAUUCCUUGGCAGCUGUCACAUCUUUCUUCCCUCCAGCUACUGGAUCUAGCAGACAACAGUUUCGUAGGUUCCAUACCAAGAAGUUUGGCCAAUCUAACAGCCAUGAUGCAGCCAAAAGCAGAGUUGAACAUACCCCUGGAAGUCAACUAUCAAGUUCUGGGUAAAUUUGCCAGGUAUGCAUACACAGAGCGAAUAAACAUAAACUGGAAGGGACAGUAUCAUACCUUUGAAGGAACCAUUGCACUUAUGACAGGCAUCGAUCUGUCGAGCAACUACCUUUCUGGUGAAAUCCCUCUGGAGCUAUCAAAUCUUCAAGGUCUCAGAUUCCUAAAUUUUUCAAGAAAUCAUCUCUCUAGCAGUAUUCCAAAAGACAUUGGUAAUUUGAAGAUUCUGGAGUCCCUCGACUUAUCUUGGAAUGAACUAUCUGGCUCCAUUCCUUCAAGCAUCUCAAAACUGAUGUCCCUUAAUUCGCUAAAUCUGUCCAACAACAAGCUUUCAGGUGAGAUACCAACCGGUUCUCAACUUCAAACACUUGCCGAACCAUCAAUUUACAGCAACAAUUUGGGGCUCUGUGGUUUCCCACUGAACAUAGCAUGUUCAGAUGGUUCAAAUUCUACACCAGCACCGAACAGCCAAAGCCAAGAGCUUGAAGCGCUAAGCUGGUAUUACUCUGUACUGGCUGGGCUGACAUUUGGAUUCUGGUUAUGGUCUGGACCACUGCUUCUCUUCGAGCCUUGGAGGGUUGCUAUCUUCCGCUGCAUCGAUCAUAUACAGGAUAGGGCUGUACAAAAGGUUUUCAUUGUCUAAUAUCUGUAUGACAUGGUAAAAAGUAGUUACGGCUUGUUUGUACCGGGUGAUUUCGUUGGAAAGUUUUGGAUCCAGUUCAAGUUGGAUAACAGACAAUAGUUUUCCAUUGUGUGUUUUUUUCUGCAUUGUUCUUAUUUUGUAACAAAUCUUACGGUUGCAAACAGAACUCUGAAUGUGUUUAUGUGAUAUUAGAUGUUGUGAAGUAAUCUGGGUAUGCCAAUGAAAUGUUUACUAGCUCAGGUGCUGGCACUAGCAGCCUAGAUUUUGUCAUCAAAAUGUUAGCA